AUGACUCUAGAAUUGGGAUCGAAGUUUGCAUGUGCUGGAUAUGCAGUGUUCGGGCUCGACAUUGAAGGACAUGGACGCUCUGAAGGUGUUCGUUGUCACAUACCAAACUUUGAUUACGUUGUUGAUGACUCUUACUACUAUUUCAAGUCAAUUUGCGAUCGCCCAGAGUACAACAGAAAGGACAAGUUCAUAUAUGGUGAUUCAAUGGGAGGGGCAGUGUGCAUAUUAUUGCAUAGAAAGGACCCUUCACUCUGGGAUGGUGCCAUUCUUGUUGCACCAAUGUGUAAGAUUUCAGAGAAGCUGAAGCCGCAUCCCAUUGUUGUAAACAUCUUGACUAAAGUGGGACAAAUUGCUCCAAAGUGGAAAGUAGUUCCCUCUAAGGAUAUCAUUGAUACAGGCUUCCAAGAUCAAGCCAAGCGAGAAGCGAUAAGGAAAAACAAGUAUGUGUACCAAGACAAGCCCCGAUUGAGAACCGCAGUCGAGAUUAUGAGAAUCUGCACAGAAAUUGAAGCCACCUUAUCUGAGGUGACAAUACCGUUCAUAGUGUUACAAGGAGAGCACGAUAAAGUGACAGACCCAGAAGCAUGCAAGGCAUUAUAUGAGCAAGCAAGUAGCGAAGACAAGACCUUGAAGUUGUACCCUGGUAUGUGGCAUGGCAUAACCACUGGGGAGUCUGAUGAAAACAUCGAACUUGUCUUAACAGACAUCAUAACUUGGAUGGACAUGCGCGUUAGGAAGAUAGGUUCUUCUUCUGAGACCUGUAGACCAAACAAAACUCUAAAUGGUGUUGACUGUGUUGCUGAGUCGCGAGUACGCCACGCAUCAAUGUAG